GGUGGGCAAGCUAAAUACAUAUCUUACUUAAAUAAUCCAGCGAGGACUACUUGGGUUUUUAAAUAAAUGAGAAGUACAGGCUUUAAAAAAGCCGAAGUGUUUAGUGACGCAUGCUCAGUUUCGCCCUCUACUGACUGCUCAUUGAACAUGCAAGUCUGAGCGAAUCACUUAAUCCAAAGACCUCGAACAGUGAAGUCAUUUCCCACAUAUUCACACACACCAAGGCUGUGACAAACUAUAUAACAAACUUAUUACUUAAAGAUAACGCGUAACAACAUGACCAGGUGACUGAAACGGUGCAUCUAUUAAUUUCUUCACGCUAAUGUGAUGUACAGAGGGCUCAUUGCUAUUACUUAGAGCACAUCGGACAACGCCUGGAUAAGGAAGGGAGCGCAACAUUUGCUGAGCACAUAACGGAUACUUCACAAACAUGGUUCAUGCAGUGUGUUGUUUUCGUCUCUCUCGAAGUGUCUGUGUGUUGUUGCUGCUCAUCGACUGCAGUGGAGGCUCAGUAUCCCUGCAGACCUCUCAACUCUCCUCAUAUGAGGUGACGGUUCCAAUACGCAUCAGCAGACAGAGGAGAGACCAGGGCAGUGCAGAUAAGGUGUCAUACAUAAUCCAAGCUGAAGGGAAAGAACAUGUUGUCAUUCUGGAGAGAAAUGAAUUGCUUCUUCCGGAGGAUUUCACUGUGUACUCUUAUGCCAAAGAUGGCUCACUAGUCACGGAGAGACCAAACAUGACGGGUCACUGUCAUUACCGAGGUUACAUAGAGGAUGUGGAGGGCUCUUCUGCAGCACUCAGUCUGUGCUCUGGGUUAAGGGGUGUAAUCCACACAGAGGGUACCAGUUUUGGCAUCGAACCAUUGGAAGGAUCCUCAAGUAAUGAGCACUUGGUGUAUCGUUUGAAGAAUGUCAAGACAGAACCUCUCACAUGUGGGAUGCCUCACUCUCAUAACCAUGACGACGAAGCAUCACCAAGGCAACCUUCGGAUAGCUAUGUCCAUAACAUUACAUUUGACCAAGCUGGUAGCCAUCAAACCAGGCGAAAGAGGGCAGUGCUGCACCAGACUCACUAUGUGGAACUGCUGUUGGUGGUGGACAAUGAAAGAUUCAAUUACAAAAACAGGAAUCAGACAGCAGUUCGUGAGGAGAUGGUUCAAAUCGCUAACUAUGUUGACAGUAUGUAUAUAGCACUGAAUAUUCGUAUAGUGUUGGUGGGGUUGGAGAUCUGGUCCCUGCAGAACCCCAUUAGUACAGACGGCAGUGCAGGAGAGGUGCUGGGCCGCUUCACUCAGUGGAGAGAGAAAGAACUGGCCAACCGUCUUCGCCAUGACAGUGCUCAGCUCAUCCUAAAGAAGGGCUUUGGUUCAACAGCAGGCAUGGCUUUCGUUGGUGCGGCUUGUUCCAGAAGUCAUGGAAGUGGAAUUAAUGCUUUCACCAGUGAUGAUGUGAUGUCAUUCUCCUCCAUCGUGGCUCAUGAGCUGGGUCACAAUCUUGGGAUGAACCAUGAUGAUGACCGAAACUGUAAAUGUGAUGUCACAAAAUGCAUCAUGAGCUCAGGGGCAAGUGGUUCUCGCAACUUUAGCAGCUGUAGUGCUGAUGACUUUGAGAAGAUGAUCUUGAGCUCAGGUGGCCGUUGUCUGCUGAACAUACCACGGCCAGACGAGGCAUACAGCGCCCCCUUCUGCGGGAACAAGCUGGUGGACGUGGGCGAGGAGUGUGACUGCGGAUCAGAAGAAGAGUGCGAGAAGGACCCGUGCUGUGAACCGAAGACGUGUAAGCUGAGGUCGGGUGCUCAGUGUGCGUACGGAGUCUGCUGCAAACACUGCAGGUUUUUAUCUGGUGGCACAAUUUGCAGAAGCAGCACUGAUGAAUGUGAUUUACCAGAGUACUGUAACGGAACAUCAGCCCUCUGUCAGAAUGAUGUCUUUAAACAGAACGGCCAUCCAUGCAAACAGGAUCAGGCGUACUGCUACAACGGCCAGUGCCAGCACUACGACACCCAGUGCCAGGCCAUAUUCGGCAGUAAGGCUAAAGCUGCUCCCGAGCUGUGUUUUAAGGAUGUGAACUCUAAAGGCGAUCGCUUUGGAAACUGUGGCUACCAUUCCAGUGGCUUCAAGAGGUGUGAAAGCAGGAAUGCCAUGUGUGGGAAGCUCCAGUGUGAGAAUGUUCAGUCAGUCAUUUUUGGAAUCAAGCCGUCAAUCAUCCAGACCCCAAUCGCUGACAAAACCUGCUGGGGCGUGGACUUCCAGCUGGGCUCGGAUGUGCCUGAUCCUGGCAUGGUCAAUGAAGGCACCAAGUGUGGAGAUAAUAAGGUUUGUUUGAAUUAUGAAUGCAGAAGCGCAGACGUGCUGAAUUAUGACUGUGACAUUGAAAAGAAAUGCCACAGCCAUGGGGUUUGUAACAGCAAUAAAAACUGUCACUGUGAAUACGGCUGGGCUCCUCCAUUCUGUGAGGCUGCAGGGUACGGAGGAAGCAUUGACAGCGGCCCCACCUGGAACGAUAAAGAUAUCUCCACAAGGGAUGGUCUGCUUGUGUUCUUUUUCCUGGUUCUUCCCCUGCUGGCAUUGGCUCUGUAUGUCUUCUUCAAGAGGAAUGAGCUGAAGCGACGCUUUUUCAGAAAGAAACGCUCUCAGGGCUAUGAAGCUGACAGCAGGCCGCAGACUACUGCAUCCCAGUGGGGAAAUCCCAACAGUAUAGUAAAGGAUGGGCACCAGGCUCAGUUAUUGCCACCAGAGGAGGUGGUUCAGACUAAUAAAUCGGCUUCUGUGCCAUCUUAUGCCACCAGACCGCCACCACCUCCAUUUGCAAGACCACCUGCUCCUACCCAACAACUCAUGCCUCAAAGACCAGCGCCUGCCCCCCCAGUAUAACACACAACACACAUACAAGACUGACAGUUGUAUUUCUGUCUGGUUAUGAUGAUGGAUGGGCCUAGAGUAAAAUGUAUGGGUGGAGAUGAGGAGGAAUCAGUGGUCGCACUCUUCCCUACUUAUUCCUGUCGGUUUGUAAACAGCUGUCAACUGUCAAUCAAACAGAGAGACAGUCAGUGUUGUGCAAAGAACCUUCACUUGUAAUACAUCACAGAGUUCAGGGUGGGAGCGAGAGAACUUAUUAUACAGUAAAACGUCUCCCACCUGUCUCUGUUCAAACAAAAGAUGUCAAUGGCAACAGACUGAUAUCCUAAUUGUGUUCUUAUUCUUUUGUGCUGUAAAGGACCACUGCGACUGAUUGCACUUCAGUAAUAUUCACUGUUUUAUAGAAAUGUACAGAGACCCUUUGAUUUUAGGCUGGAUUUAAAAGUAUUGACAUCAUUCCCCCCUCAUUCCUUUUUUUUUUUUUUUUUACACUUUUUGGUGCAAAAGGUAUUUUAAACUCCACAAUCAAACAUCGUUCUCCAGAAAAAUGUUUUUUUUUUAGAUGUGUAAAUGACAAAUGGACAAAUGCUAUAAUUGAAUGUGCUAGGCAUCCCUAAGAUAUUACAAGGAUAUCAAGUCACUCACAGUAUAUAAAUUAGAGGUAGACCGAUAUAUCGGUUAUAUCGGUGCCGAUAGUUGCCAAUCAUUUUAUAGUCAUUUUGUCAUUUCAAAAUAAGAGUCCCCAGUAUGUUUCGGGCUUGUUUAGCGUCCAGCGUUAUACACUAAAUCUUAAAUUUUUGUGGUUAUUUUGGUGAUUUUGGUUGAACAUUAAACUGCAUAUGGGAUUUUAUUAAUUUAGGACUCUUUUUUCUGUGCCCGCCAUAGUAAGGAAAGAAUAAGAUUUUUUUUUUUUUUUUUUUUGUCAUUCUAUAAAUAGUUUUUAAAAUGUAUCGGCCAAUUAAUCGGUUAUCAGCCUUUCCCACCACCUUAGUAAUCGGUAUCGACAAAAUCCACUAUCGGUCGACCUCUAAUCUAAAUGGCUCAUGGUAACUGCAAAUCAUUCUCUGUGCACUGUGGAACAUAAUAACUCGAAUUCAGGUUUUCUAAUGCUGCAGUGCUUUGCUUUGGGGGGGGUUUUUUAGAGAAAAGAGAAAAACUUUUUUUAUUUGAUUUUGCUGCUGCCCAACAAAGUGAUUUAAAUCUAUAAUUUUACCAUUUAUUCAUAGUUUUAUUUACGUACUUUUAUUUAUAUGUAGGGCUUAUAUAAAUUCUAUUUUUUACUUUAUUUGCCAAGUGAAAUUCUGUCCCCAUUAUUGAGGCAAAAAGUCAGGUAAACAUAUAAUUGCUUGAUUUUGACUGAUUCUGACACUUUAUGAUUUACUGCUGGUUUAAUUGGUGUUAGCAUUCUUAUUAAAUACAGAAAACUAUAACAAAGAAAUCAAAAAAGUUUAAGCAUUUCUCCUGUCGACUUCAAGGGCUACAAGACUUUAUGCAUGAUAUCACAUACUAUGCUAUAAAUACAGAGUUUCUUCCUUUCUGAAACUGUUUAAAAAAGAAUGAAAAGACCAUUGUGUCUGCAUGUUUCUUGUUCUUGUGAAAGACAAAUAUCCUUGUGAUGAACAUUACACCACACAGGGUGGAGUACACAUGUAAUUCCGUAUAGUAUGUAUCAAGUCAUGCACCAAACACACAACCGGUUGUAACAUGCAUCUGCUGAUCUCUUACAUUAGGAGACUUCCACAAUAGCAAACUCAGCCAAGUGCCAUACAGUAAAUGUCUGAUAAUAAUGAGUAUUAUUUUACAUCACUAUGUUAUAUUAAUGUGUAUGAUUGAAUGAAUCAAUCAGUCCCCCUUCUUGCACUGCAUUUCCACUCAUGUUACAAGUGAAGCAGCUAAUAGCAGUUUAUGGUUUGUUUAUGUUGUAUGAAGGAUAGACUCAAUUUACUUUGGGUUACCUUUAGUGUGUUGGUGAUGAUUUUGGUUUUGCAUAUGAAAAUAAAUAUCACUGGUAUGUUUCUAAA